GCAACCAAAGCGCCAGAUGCACAUUGAACUGUAGUGGUGGUAAAACGCUUCUUUACCACCAGCAUUGACAUUUUAAUACACACAAGGAGAUCUGUUUGGCUGUUUCUGUUAGUGUAGUUCUCUUUUUAUCACGACUGGAAGAAACAGAAAAGGGUAAAAUAAAUAAUAAAUUUAAAAAAGGCUUUAUUAGCUAUGAGUGUCGGGCAGGUAGAAACUGCGUCUCGUGACUGAAGCCGCAGAAAUGAGCGAGAGAGCCGAGGCGAGAGGGCCCGCAUUCCGCAGGAGGAGGACGACCAUCGUCGGUGGAGGAGCGGUCAGCGCGAAACAAGUCAACGGGAACAAGCGGCACAACGCUGGGGAGAAACCUCCACAGCAUCCCGCUAAAACCAAACCAGCAGCGGAGCCUUCAAAGCAUGCGAGCCACAACGGGAGGCUGUACAGAGAGGAGGACUCGUCGGGAAAACAGCAGCAGGAGCUCGGGACUGGUCCGAAGACACCCAAGAGUGCGGUGGAGGAUAUCAACGCCAGACUCAGCUGUCAUGUUCUGCAAGAGUCUCUCUUGAGCUCAGCCAGCGGCUACAGCAACUACAGAGGAAUCCUUAACUGGUGUGUUGUCAUGCUGAUGCUUAGUAACGCACGUCUCUUCUUGGAGAACAUUAUCAAAUACGGCAUCUUGGUCGACCCUAUCCAAGUAGUGUCUCUUUUCCUGAAGGACCCCUACAGCUGGCCAGCAGCCUGCCUGAUUAUUGCGUCCAACGUCUUCAUCUUAUCAGCCUUGUACCUAGAGAGGCGUCUGGCUGUGGGUACAGUCUCUGAAACUGCCGGAUGGAUUCUUCACAUUUUCAACCUGACAUGCAUGUUGAUAUUUCCCUCUGCCACAGUCCUCACAGUGACCUCCAUGACCCCAGUGGGUGGUGUGAUUUCUUUAGGGAUCUACACAGUCCUCUUCCUCAAGCUUUACUCGUACCAAGACUCCAACAGGUGGUGCAGAGAGAUCAGACAAGCCAGAGCCAAAAGAUUAACACGAUCAUAUUCAUGUCCUGAUGUGCCACAGUCUAACGGGUCAGCAGUUCAUUCUCAUGUCUCCUACCCAGGAAACCUCACACACAGAGACAUGUACUACUUUGUUUUUGCUCCAACCCUUUGCUACCAGCUCAACUUCCCACGAUCUCCUCGAGUACGCAAAAGGUUCCUGAUGAGAAGACUUUUUGAAAUGCUUUUCCUCAUGCAGUUGUUGGUGGGACUGAUCCAGCAGUGGAUGGUUCCCACUAUUCAGAACUCGAUGAAACCUUUUCAGGAUAUGGACUUUUCCCGGAUGGUGGAGCGACUGCUGAAACUAGCUGUUCCUAACCAUUUGAUAUGGUUAUUAUUCUUUUAUUGGUUUUUUCACUCGUCAAUGAACUUUGUGGCUGAGCUGCUGCAGUUUGGAGACAGGGAGUUCUACAGGGACUGGUGGAACUCUGAGUCUGUCACGUAUUUCUGGGCCAACUGGAAUAUCCCAGUGCACAAAUGGUGUCUGAGACAUUUCUAUAAGCCGAUGUUGAAAAGAGGGACAAACAAGUUUCUGGCUCAAACUGCCGUAUUCCUGGUUUCUGCCUUCUUCCAUGAGUACCUGGUUAGUAUUCCUCUGAAGAUGUUCAGACUCUGGGCUUUUAUGGGAAUGAUGGCACAGGUUCCUCUGGCUUGGUUUGUGGGUCGCUAUCUGAACGGAAACUAUGGCAACGCCGCUGUGUGGAUGUCCCUUAUUAUUGGGCAGCCCAUCGCCGUGUUGAUGUACGUUCACGACUACUAUGUCAUUCAUCACAGCAGCACUAAGUAGCACCAGGAAAAGAUCUAAUCCCCGACUGGCGCACAUACACGUCAACCGAUGAGGAAAGCUAGCGUGGAACGCUCAUGUGAAGCUGUCCUCGCUUCUAUUUUUGCACUUAAUAGAUACGGACCAUAAUGUGUUGGGGAGUUAAAUAGGAUAUUUAAACACUAAAGUGCUUGUUAUUCAGCUCAUAGGCUAAACUUCUGAAGGUUCUUGUUCUACUUGAGCUAAAAAAAACAAUUUCUUAAGCUUUAAAAGCCCUUCGACACAUUUAAAGGUGGGAGUGCUGGAGUUAUGUGUUAAAAAAUGCACUUCAGGUGCGACAAAUGGGAAUCACUGCCAAGCAAUCACAAGCUAGAACAUCAUCUUUGCUACGUGUAGCCUGGAUGGCUAACGAGUCACUUUGUUUAUCCAAGAGUAGCCUGCUAGCUUUGAUUAUAUCAGGCUGAAACUGCAGAUUUCUAUUGAAAAUGUUUGCCAGUUAUUGAAAUUGACCACAAUGUAUCCCCCCCCCCCCCCUUUUUUUGUGCAAUACAGUGUUAUGUAUUAUAAAUAUUGAAUUAGGUUGGUGAUUAAAAGAAGCAAGGAUCAUUUUGCAGGAAGGAAUAAAGGCACAAGGACUCUGUUGUUUAAAAAUAGUAGAAUCAUGGAUUGAUCCAGUUUUUCUACACCACCCAUGGUGGAACAGAACACGUGUCUAAUCUAUUUUAGAUUGAUCUUUGUUUGAACUGCCAGCAUUUGUAGGUUUAAGUUUUUGCUGAUGAUAUUUUUUCAUGUGCUCGAUGAUUUAAAGCACUUUAAACCGAUGCAUGCUGUUGACUAAAGCAAUGGAAUUCUAUGAAUUUAUUUGUUGAAGUAAGUUUUAUGUUGCAUAAUUUCAAAUUUUGUGGUGAAAAGAGAUUCAAGCAGUAUCAAUGUAAACAUUUUUCUUUGUAUUUUUACUGUAUCUGGAUUCUUAGAUGUAUUUUUUGUUUAUUUUUUGCUUUAAUUGUUGCCAAAGCCUGCAAAAGGAAAGGCAGUGCAGGUUAAAAUAAAUCUCUUUAACAUUUUGCUUGUUUUUUUUUUUUUUUUUUUUUUUGAA